GACCUGACCGGAGAGGAUUAUAUCGUUGUGAAGAAGCCCGGCGGACGCACAACCAUCAGCAACAGACUUCAGGUGGUGGAAGGAUUCUGUCGGAAGCAGAACAGCGUAUUCGUUCCUCCGCCUCAUUCCUCGCCAUCUGAGAGGAGCGAAGAGAAGAUCCUGAAACUGACCAAUAAGAUCACUGAGCUGCUGACAGGAGAGAUGGCUGUGAGAACCAACCUGAUUCUGGAGAUCGUUACUUCCCCAUGGUGACAUCAGACACUGAAACAGACGAUAGUAUGGUUAUUGAUGAGGGGCCGGAGAGUAUAGAUCCAUAUGAAGACGGCCCAGGGCCACAGGGCAUAGAUCCAUAUGAAGACGGCCCAGGGCCACAGGGCAUACAUCCAUAUGAAGAAGGCCCAGGGCCACAGGGCAUACAUCCAUAUGAAGAAGGCCCAGGGCCACAGGGCAUACAUCCAUAUGAAGACACAGGGCCACAGGAUAUCAACUCCUAUGAAGACACAGGGCCACAGGAUAUCGACUCCUAUGAAGACAUGGGGCUUGAAAUCAUAUAUCCUUAUCAUGGAGACAUGGAGCCCGAAGGCUUAGACCCGUAUGAAGGAGAUACAGGGCCGAAGGGCAUUGACCCGUAUGAAGGAGAUACAGGGUCGGAGGCCAUAGACCUGUAUGAAGGAGAUACAGGGCCGAAGGGCAUUGACCCGUAUAAAAGAGGACCAGGAAUGGAGCGCAUAGACCCGUAUGAAGGACAUACGGGGCCAAAGGGCAAAGACCCGUGUAAAGUAGCCACAACUACGAGCUCAAUGAAAGGUUUUCCAAUCCGAAUUAAACAGGAGCCCGUGUCCGAUGAAGACGACGGCGUUGCCGGUAAGAACUUUUCAAACCAAAUUGCAUACAGUUGUGUUCGCAUUAAGGAAGAACCCCAGAUGUAUGUAGAAGUGAAAAUUCCCAGUGAGGGCGAAGACCGAACCCCACAGGCAUAUUGCCACAUUAAGGUGGAGACUGUACCAGCUGAGGAAGCGGAUCCACCCACCCCCAUCAUUUCUACCCCCGGUGAUCAGGGACAUUCCACAGCCGCCCACAUCAAGGAGGAGCCAGUAGCUUUUCGCAAUGUGUCGGACGUUUCUCAGCAGGCCAAUCCUACACCUGAGCAACCCUCAAAGGGCGCGGCGCAGACCACAUCCUAUAAAGUAGAGACAAGGGACAAGGCGCCAGAGAAGGCUUCUGACAAUUCCUCGUUGUAUAGCGUCCGGCAGAAGGAAGAUUCCAUGGAGAUCCUCUACCAUUGUCCCAGCUGCUUUAAAGGAUUCUCCAGUAACUUGGACCUUGCCCGCCACCAAGUCAUCCACACCGUGAGUAAGCUCUUUAUCUGUUCCUUGUGUGGUAAGAGCUUCACCGAGAUGUCCUUCCUGGUCAAACACCAAGUCAUCCACACCGACCUCAAGCUGUGCGUCUGUCCCGUGUGUGGGGGGUGUUUCUACAGCGAGACCUCCCUGGCCAAGCACCAGAAAACACAUUCGUUGCCUUUGUUCUGCUCUACGUGUGGGAAAUGUUUCUUUAAUAAGACGGAGCUGGCCAUGCAUGAGAGGAAACACUCGGGGGAAAGGCCCUUUGGGUGCCACGUCUGCGGCAAACAUUUCAUAGCAAAGUCCGUUCUCAACAAACACAUGAUGAUCCACGGCCCGACGGAUAUAGCAAAAUGAUUGGUCCAUUUCACAUUGUCCCCCAUCCACUUGUAUCACGUUUUAUUUAUUAAAGGUUUUUCCACAGCU